AUGUCCCCGCUGUGCUCGCUGCUGCUGACUCUGGCCCUGGUGGCCGUCCCCGGCGCCCGGGGCACCUGCCCGGUGCCUGCAGACCUGAAGAGGGAAGAUGGGACGCGCACGUGCGCCAAGCUCUAUGACAAGAGCGAUCCCUACUAUGACAAUUGCUGCCAGGGGGCCGAGCUGUCCCUGGAGCCGGGCACCGACCUGCCCUACCUGCCCUCCAACUGGGCCAACACAGCGUCGUCUCUGGUAGUGGCCUCACGCUGUGAGCUCACUGUGUGGUCUCUCCCCGGCAAGGGUGGCAAGACACGCAAGUUCUCUGCAGGCAGCUACCCCCGCCUGGAAGAGUACCGUAAGGGUAUCUUCGGAGACUGGUCCAACUCUAUCUCUAGCGUCUACUGCAAGUGCUCUUGAUGCCUUGAAGGCCAUCAUCUCUAAUUACACACAGUGCUGAGCCCAACCCCACCUCACCUUGGGGAUUGCUGUGGUCCCAAGAGCCAGGAGGCAAGAUGGCCCUGCUGCCUGCCACCGCAGCUUCCCUGUAAUACAGCCCUUGAGAAAUUAA